ACUGGAUUAAACGCUGUCAGGAGCAGCAGCUGCAAGAGGAAGAGAGCGACCAACAAUCUACCUGCAGCACAUGCUGCAACGUAAUUGUGUCCUGUUAAAAAACAAGAAGAAGGAGAAAAAAAGGAUGGGCAUUUGAUGUAAUAUCUUUGCUAAACAAAGAGUAAUUGUCCUUACAAUUGACCUUCCAAACAGAGUUCAAGAAACAAGGCUCUGCACGACAUCGGCUGUCCAUCAUGGCAGGUGAUAUGAUGUUAUUGAUGCGAGGCCUAGCUAAACUGAGCCAGGCGGUGAUAGAAACUCAGGGCACCACCCUGCGCAAUGGGGCAGUUCCAGGUGUUGGUGCUGCUGUUCAAACUGUCCAAUCAGCUGCUGAGCAAGGCCUCUCAGUCGCCAUGAUGAAAAUGCAGGAGUUGUCUGGCCAACAGUCAGCCUCUUCCUCAGAGUCAGACUAUGACUUUCCUAAGGAUGACAGUGAGUUCUCAGCCUCAGAGUUUAGGGACGAAGGUGUGGACUAUAUGGCAGAUCACAAAGGAAGCAGUGAUGAGGGAGCCACCGAGCACAGCACAGCAUCAGGGAGCCAUGUCAAUGGAAAACAGUCGUUGUUUGAGGGAUACAAAGAUCCUAGCAAACAGUUUAGCGGACAGACCAGAUCUUACCAUCAGGACUCCAGACGUUUCGUGGGAAAUCAUCAUCUCUACAACCAAAAUCUGAACAGACAUGUAUGGGGACAGAUUCCCUAUCAGCAUUCAAUCAGACAAGCCAGGAGCUAUCAUCAGGACCCGUCCACAGUUGGAGGGCUGACGGCCGAAGACAUCGAUAAAGCCAGGCAGACAAAGAGGGCUGAUUCAAAACCACACAAACAGAUGUUGAGCGAGAGAGCCAGAGAGAGGAAAGUUCCAGUGACCCGGCUCGGCAGGCUGGCCAACUUUGGAGGUUUAGCUGUAGGUUUGGGCUUCGGAGCACUGGCAGAAGUCGCUAAAAAGACCAUGAGACAAAAUGAUGCUGCUGCAGGUGAAAAUAAAAAGUCUGUUCUGGAGUCUAGCCCGUUUCUUUCCGAAGCCAAUGCUGAACGCAUUGUUCGAACUUUGUGCAAAGUCAGAGGAGCUGCGUUAAAACUCGGACAGAUGCUCAGUAUUCAAGACGAUGCAUUCAUCAACCCUCAACUCGCCAAAAUCUUUGAGCGUGUGAGACAGAGUGCUGACUUCAUGCCAAUCAAACAAAUGACGAAAGCAUUAAACAGUGACUUGGGUAAUAAUUGGAGAGACAAGCUUGAAUCCUUUGAAGAUCGUCCGUUCGCAGCAGCGUCCAUUGGCCAAGUUCACCUGGCUAAGAUGAAGGACGGCAGGGAGGUGGCCAUGAAAAUACAGUAUCCUGGUGUGGCUCAGAGUAUCAAUAGUGACGUCAACAACCUGAUGACAGUGCUAAAUAUGAGCAAUGCCCUACCUGAAGGUCUGUUUCCAGAGCACAUGAUAGAUGUGAUGAGAAGAGAGCUAGCACUGGAGUGUGACUAUAUCAGAGAAGCCCGGUGUGCAAAGAAAUUUAGGGAGCUAUUGAAGGACCAUCCAUUCUUCUAUGUGCCAGAGGUGAUCGAUGAGCUGAGCGGCAGCCAUGUUCUGACCACUGAGCUUGUCCCUGGGUUUCCCCUGGACCAGGCGGAGAAUCUCUCACAGGAGCUGAAGGAAGAGAUCUGUGAGAACAUCUUGUUGUUGUGCCUCAGAGAGCUGUUUGAGUUCAGGUUCAUGCAGACGGACCCAAACUGGUCUAACUUCUUCUAUGAUCCACAGACGCACAAGGUGGCACUGUUGGACUUUGGAGCCACCAGAGGAUUUGAUCUAAGUUUCACCGAUCUCUACAUAGAGAUCAUCCGGUCAGCUGCUGUUGGUGACAGAGAAGGAGUUCUGAAGAAAUCUAUUGAGAUGAAGUUCCUGACUGGGUACGAGUCCAAGGCGAUGAUGAACGCUCAUGUGGAUGCAGUGAUGAUCCUUGGUGAGGCCUUCGCUUCCCAAGAGCCUUUUGACUUUGGUUCCCAGUCCACCACAGAGAGAAUCCACAACCUCAUCCCUGUGAUGCUCAGACAUCGGCUAACCCCGCCUCCUGAGGAGACGUAUUCGCUGCACCGCAAGAUGGGCGGCUCGUUCCUCAUCUGCUCCCGGCUGAAUGCAAAGUUGAGAUGCAAGGAUAUGUUCGAAACAACAUAUAAAAACUAUUGGGAAGGCCGCACACCACCCUCUCUUUAAGCAUGAGCCAGUUCCAAAUAUCAGGCGGUUUGAUGGACAGGUCCUGGGGCCAACAGCAAGGUGGUGAAGUCGGGGUUUGACGCUGCAGAGCUGCAGAUAAAACAGUUCAAGAAGAGGCCAUGUAACCCUCCUUUAAUUGUCAUUGAGAACAAGCGUAUCUUUCCUGUUAUGGCAUCCCACAACAAUGAGGUUUUGAAAGGCACCUACACAUAUUUAUAUUCACCAUUUCUUAGUUUGAAAGAGGGAGCAGCAGCACAGCCUUAGUACCGCUUUAAGGACAAACUCUUACCUAUAUAUGGCCGUAACAGAGGACAGACUGAGAAGAAGUGGGAAGUAGAUGUAAGCAGAGAUAGAGAGAGAAAAAAGCCUUGUUUUGUUUAGGUGUAACAUGAAUGUAAAAGGGUAGGAAUUUUAUCUUUUCUCUUAUGUUGUUUUGCUGUGUUUUGUUGAAUUUGUUGAUAAUCAUAUUAACUCUCUGGUUGGCCAGAAAUGUCGUUGGUGGUAACAUGAGAUGUUGAUAGUAUGAAGAAAGAGGACUGAACUUUUAAUGUAAAUCCAAAGUUAUGAAAUAAUGGGGUUAUUACUGUAUAUGGGCAAUAUCAGUCACAGUUAGUGUUGACCAACGUGUCUGGCUUUUAUUGUUUUUGUCAACCUUCUCUCUGAAUACUGAAUGUUGUCAAUGAAAUUUGAUUUUUCUACACAUGAAUAACUCAGACUUGUAAAGUUAGAAACCAGAUAAAAUGUAGCAAUAAAAGACAGAUUCACUGUUUAAGUCGAAAUUUUGCCAAGCAAUCAAGUUCAGAUUCAUUAG